UGGAGGGCGCCGCUUCCUGUCACGUGACGAGCGGGCCGCGGCGGUGGGCGCUACGGACGGGGCUGUGAGGGGACGAGCGAGGCCGCCGCCGGCGCCGAUUCCCUCCAUUAUGGCCUCCUCCUCAACACCUAGAUGUAACUCAAACUCCUUGGAGACCUCCUCAAUUAAAAAACCUAUGAAAGAUGGAACUAAUUGGGAACAUCAUGAAGAAAUACCUUGUCUACCCGGGGAAAAUAGAAUCACAGACAAGGAAGUCAUUUACAUGUGCCCAUUUAAUGGUCCUGUUAAGGGAAAAGUGUACAUAACAAACUACAGACUGUACUUGAGAAGCAUGGAAUCGGAUCCAGUGGUGAUCUUAGAUGUUCCCUUGGGAGUAAUUUCAAGGAUUGAGAAAAUGGGAGGUGCUUCGAGCAGAGGAGAAAAUUCCUACGGAUUAGAUAUUACCUGCAAGGAUAUGAGAAACUUACGGUUUGCAUUGAAACAAGAAGGUCACAGCAGAAGAGACAUAUUUGAGAUCCUAACCAGAUGUGCUUUUCCACAGUCACAUAACAUGCCUUUUUUUGCAUUUUUAAAUCAAGAAAAGUUAUCUGAAAAUGGCUGGCUGGUUUACAAUCCCAUGGUUGAAUACAGGAGACAAGGGUUGCCUAAUCUACAGUGGAGGAUAACUUUUCUCAAUGAGCAUUAUGAGCUAUGUGAUACGUACCCAUCCCUCCUGGUAGUGCCAUUUAAUGCUACAGAUGAGGAUCUCAAGAAGGUUGCUGCAUUUAGAUCCCGAGGUAGAAUACCAGUGUUGUCAUGGAUCCAUCCGGACAACCAGGCUGUCAUCACACGUUCCAGCCAGCCACUUGUUGGCAUGAGUGGCAAACGAAACAAAGAUGAUGAAAGGUAUUUGGAGAUCAUACGGGAAACAAAUGGCCAAGUUUCGAAGCUGACGAUCUAUGAUGCAAGGCCCAGUGUAAAUGCUGUAGCUAAUAAGGCAACUGGUGGAGGAUAUGAAAGUGAUGAUGCCUAUCCCAAUGCUGAGCUGUUCUUCCUUGACAUCCAUAAUAUCCACGUCAUGCGGGAAUCCUUGAAAAAGCUGAAGGACAUUGUUUAUCCUCACGUAGAAGAAUCUCACUGGUUGUCUAGCCUGGAGUCAACUCACUGGCUUGAACAUAUCAAGCUUGUCUUAACAGGUGCCAUUCAAGUAGCAGACAAAGUGUCCUCUGGAAAGAGUUCAGUCUUAGUCCACUGCAGUGACGGUUGGGACCGUACAGCUCAGCUGACCUCCCUAGCUAUGUUGAUGUUGGAUAGUUACUACCGAACAAUUGAGGGAUUUGAAGUCUUAGUCCAGAAAGAAUGGAUAAGCUUUGGACACAAGUUUGCUUCGCGAAUUGGUCAUGGAGACAAAAAUCACGCCGAUGCUGACAGGUCCCCCAUCUUCCUCCAGUUCAUUGACUGUGUGUGGCAGAUGUCUAAACAAUUUCCAACGGCUUUUGAAUUCAAUGAACAGUUUUUGAUUGCAAUUCUGGAUCACUUGUAUAGCUGCCGGUUUGGUACUUUCUUGUACAGCUCCGAUGCUGUAAGAGAAAAAGAGAAACUGAGUGAGAAAACAUUGUCCCUGUGGUCUCUGAUCAACAGUGCAAAAUCGAAGUAUACAAACCCCUUUUACUCAAAAGAAUUGAAUCGUGCUCUUUAUCCUGUAGCAAGCAUGCGACACUUGGAGCUUUGGGUAAAUUAUUAUAUUCGGUGGAACCCAAGGAUUAGGCAACAGCAGCCAAACCCAGUUGAACAGCGUUACAUGGAGCUACUAGCACUGCGUGAUGACUACGUGAGGAGGCUAGAAGAACUGCAGAUCAAAAACAAUCCGAAACUUUCCAAUUCCUCCUCCUCCUCGUCUUCCUCACAGAUGAUGUCGCAUGUGCAAACUCACUUUUGAAGGAGACUGGUUUGAUUUUUUCUUUGAACAUUUUCAUCAUAAGUGGUGCUUAUUCUAAUGAAUUGAACAUGAGGAAAAUAUUUGAUGCCUUAUGUAAAGCUUCUUGCUGAAUCUGACUGUAUAGGAGAGGAAUUGAAUACAAGCAAGCUUUUAUAAAAUGGAUUUAUGUGCCUUUCAGAAAUGUUUGGCUGGGAACGUGUUAUCCAACUAGUAAUUACAAUAUUUUUAAUGGUUCUUUUUCUUCUGCAGCAUCCAAAUAUAUUUAACUAAUGCUUUCAAUAAUAACCAUCAACCAUUUAGAAUAGUAUAGAUGGAUUUGCAUCGAUAGGCUCUGCCUUGCUCAGACUUAAAAAUCAUACUUAAGUUCAUACAGUGAGCAGAGUGCCAGCCCAUGCCAGUAAGGACUUUGCUGAGUCAUACACAGAAAGCUUUGGAAAAGGAGGCAAGAGGUAGAGUUGUUGGAAGACACAUGCUCCUCAGGAGCCAUUACUAUGUAAAUUACACUUUAUAUAAUUUCUUGCACAUAAAUUAUUGCAAUGGUAGCAAGUAAGCUAUCACAACUGAAAUUUCCUAAAAAUAAAUAAAUGUGCCUGUUCUGAGUGACAGCCUUAUCUCCAAAGUAGAUUAAUGGUCUUUUCUUGAGAUGGAAUAUAAUGGGCCUGCAUGUAACAUGUUCCCUUAACAGAUUUGUCUUUUAUCAAAUAUAUUAAAACAAUUUACAGAAAAUACUGUGUGCACUGAAGAGAAUUAAAUUUUGCAGAUCAUUUGGUUUGCUGUCGUCGUGUCAACCUUCUGUUAAAUUUUAUAAUUUGUUCCUUUCAGGAAUCUUUUAAAAAUUUAAUAUUACAAGCACUUGUAAAGUCAGCACAAACCUUGCAACUUGAUAUUUUAAUUCAUAUGUUGCUUAGGAUAUAAUGUUUUUAAGUGGUAUUUGGUCAGCUCAGAACAACUUAAAGCAUAGGAUUUGUGAAGGAUUGUUUGUAGCUAACAUGACUUGUUUUAAAAGUAUUUGACUCUUUGAGGCUGUUUGUCUACCAUUUGUAAAUUAUUGUAUGUUUAAGUUUUGAUCUAUAAAAUAUAAGGUGACAAGGAUAUUGUAGGAUCAUGUGUAAAUUAUGUUGAAGUGUAUGAAAUAAUCUUUUUUGUAAAGUGUAAAUAUUUUGGGUUCUAAAGUUUAAAGUCAAAGUCCAUAAAUAUUAUAAAUUUCUUAGUUUUAGAGGACAUUGGAAUAUUUUAGAAAUAGUAUAUUUUCAUUACAAGAGAAAUGGAGCACAUUAAUACAAUAAAUAGUAUACUAAGAAAUUUGCACUACUUCUUCAGGGAUAGACUGAAGUACUAGUAAGUUCAGCUCGCUAACGCAUGAUUUAUUUCCACUUGCUACCCAUCCUCUAAAUUUCACUCUCUUGUGAUCCUUUAUCUUCUGUAUUUCAUUGUACAUAGAUGGCUUAUUUCCCUCAAGGAAAAGUAAUCUGAGAAAUGAAAUGCAUAACUUGAAUUACAAGGAGACUCAUUCUAAAUGGAAGAGUAUAAAUCUCCACAACUGAAAACUAUGCAGACUUUAAUGUAAUUGCCUUUUGUUUGCUUGCAAGUUAUUAACAUCUCAUUUUUCAUUGCAACUGUACAACAUUUUGCUGGUUGUAUAUCCAAAAAAGUGUGUGUUUCAUUUUGUCUUGUGUGGAUGAAUUGAUACUUCGCUUGUUUUUCCUAUGUAAAACACUACACAUUCAACUGUUCUGUUUUUUUGGGGGUGGUGGGCAGAAGUAAUGUAAAACAGAUCUAAAUACUUUUGCCUUGUUACGUACAGACUGUCGGUUAUGUAGUUAUCUACAGGGCCACCUACAGACACAGGUGAUGCUGUGUCUUGGUUGGUAGAACUUAAUGAUCUUUGGAAAAGUGUAACUUGGUGAAAGAUCACUUGAUUUUUUUAAAAAACAAACACCUGCUUAAGUCAUAUGAAAUAAAAAGAUGAACACA